AUGGCAACACUCGCAGUCCCUUCCAAGAUUCCCUCCCCUCCUCUCACUCCACCCUCAUCCUCCCCUCCCUCCAGACAGCGCGUCGCCGCCGCUUGCUGGACAUGCAAGCUCCGUAAGCUCAAGUGCGACGACGCGAGGCCCUGCACAAGGUGCUUCCGAAGCGGCUGGGGGAGGUUCUGCGUGCCGUGCAAGAGAUCCCCGAGGAAAGCCGCGGCCGACAAAACCAGCAAGCUCCACUCCCCAGCAUUCGCGAGCGUCACCUUCAAGCCCCCGCCGGCUCUGUCUGCCGUCCAGCCCCGCAAGACCAAGAUCAAGCGACGACAGGUCUCCCAAGCUUGCGACGCUUGCAGACGAUCCAAGGUAGGCUGCGACGAGUCUCGGCCAUGCAAGCGAUGCGCGCGGACCCAGCAAGACUGCUCCGGACCCCCGCUGAGCUCCCAGCCACUGACCAACGAGCUCUUUUCCGUGGCGGUCUGCAUGGACACGGGAGCGGGGGAGGCGAUGCUGCCGGGACAAGCCAUGACCGUCGGCGACGACGAACAGGGCGCUGCUGCGGCCUCAGACGAAAAGGAUCGGGACGGGAGCUGGGCAAGCUGGCUGAGGAAGACCCUCCUGCCGAUGGACGGGGAGGGGGAGGGGUGGAGAGAGGAGGGGGAGGGUGCGGAGGAGGACGGGGUAUGGGGGUUGAGUAUGGGGGGAGAGGAGGGGUGGGAGAGGAUGGAGAGGGACGAGAGAGGCUGGGAGGAGAUGCUGGGGGAAGGAAUUUGA